CCGCCGCCUCUGCAGCUUCCCCGACGACGAGAUCGAGCGAGAUCCACCUCUCCCCUGCGUCCGCCCCGUCGCUCAGUUCAGUUCUCUUUCUCCGUGGUUAGAUCAGCGCGAUGGGUUGCUGACAUUUUCUGUCUCUGUGGUUGGGUUGGGCAGAUGGAGAGGGUGCUCAAGGAUGAUGCUAUCCAGGAGAAGGCCGAGCGCGCCAGGAUGGACAAUAUCCUUCAGUCAACUGGCCGAGGGCCGAGUGUCACCAUUACAAAUGAUGAUGCUCCCAUUUUGAAGUCACUUCAGAUCGACAACCCUGCUGCGAAGGUCCUUGUUGACAUCUCAAAAGUCCAAGAUGAUGAAGUUGGUGAUGGAACAGCUUCUGUUGUUAUUUUGGCUGGAAAACUGUUGAGGGAAGCUCAAAAGUUGGUUAACAUGAAGAAUCAUCCCAUGACUAUUAUUGCAGAUAAACCCAAAAAGACAAAACCUUUUAAGCGAGGGCAUAAAUAAAGUUGAGUUCAUAGCUGGCGAGGUCUUCAGAACUGCGCUGGGAUGGAAGAUAACUCGCUGGAUUGUUGCAACCUAAAAUGAAGCAUUCCAUCAGUAAAAGCUCCUUUCGACUUAUGCCGACGGCUGCUGGACUAUCUUAUACCUCCCUAGUUUGGUGCUUAUGUUCUUUUGUGUGUCGUUAAAACUAUCUAAAACCUAAGACAGUAAACAUCCGUGAUGGAGAUCUGAGCCAUGAAAAUCCCAAGAGGAUGAAUGUUGAAGUUUAAACAUUGUCCUUUGGGUUAUUGGCAAUACUAUGUUGA